AUGGGCGCUGCAGAAGGCCUACGCAGGUUGCGCAUGAGCCUAAGAGGCGUGGCAGAGGCCAGAGAGCUGGAAGCAUUGGCAGAGGAGUGCGAGGAAGGUGAUGCCAAGACUCAACAGGUCAGCAGCCUGUCGGGUGAGUACCUCAACAUCCUGCUGCUUCUUGUGCUCUACACACUUCAGGGAAUCCCGAUGGGCCUCUCUUCGGUUGUCCCCUUGAUCCUGAAGGAGCAGAACGUAUCAUAUGCAGACCUGGGAACCUUCUCGCUGAAUUCCUAUCCUUUCAGCUUGAAAUUGCUGUGGGCCCCUUUUGUGGAUGCUGCCUACGUCUCCAGACUGGGGCGGAGGAAGACGUGGCUCCUGCCAACACAGCUGGCCAUUGGAGUAGUCAUGAUUGUGGUCUCACAAAGGCUGGAUCAUCUCCUUUACGCUUCGCAGCCGAAUGUCGCCUCGCUCACGCUCCUUUUCUUCUUGCUGUACUUCCUCUGUGCCACCCAGGACAUAGCAGUGGACGGAUGGGCCCUGACGAUGCUGCGAAAAGAAAACGUGGGGUAUGCUGCCACGACCAAUGCUAUGGGGCAGACCCUCGGCUAUGCCAUAGGCUUCACCGGGUUCAUGGCGCUGGAGCACUUCAACCUGCUAACGCUGUCCGAGUUCAUGUUUCUCUGGGGCAUUGUUUUCAUGGUGGUUACCAUCCUUGUGGGUGUACUCAAAGCUGAAGGCCCAGUACCAUCAGAUGAACAGCCGGAGAGCAUCUCCACAUCAUAUGGAAACAUGCUCAACAUCCUACGCCUACGACCAAUACGUCUCCUGCUUCUUCUUUUGGUGACCAUUAAGUUUCCGUUUGCAGUGGCAGACAGUAUCGCGCCGUUGAAGCUGCAAGAGUAUGGUGUCAAGAAAGAGCACAUGGCCUACAUUGCGUCGGGUAUGAUGCCGGUGUACAUUCUGCUGCCAGCGGUGGUGUCACGCUGGACAACGAACUCCACGCCAUGGGAGUUAGGUCUGCAAACUUACCCCUGGCGAGUCCUUCUGGUUCCGGUGACAGCCGUGGUGGUGGCUUCGACACCUGCCAUUGGAGAUCGCAUCCCAUGGGCUUUCUACUCCGUGAUCGUCGUCGUCUCCUUAUUGGCGCAAGUUGCAAGUCAGUGCAUGUUCGUGUCCAACAUGGCCUUCUUUGCGCGCAUCAGUGAUCCUGCAAUGGGCGGGACCUACAUGACAAUGCUCAAUACAUUGAGCAACCUGGGAGGCAUGUGGCCGGGUACUGUCACGCUCAAGCUGAUCGACUUUGCCACCUGCAAGUCGGAGCGGUGCGUGGUUAAAGCUGACGGCUUCUAUGUCAUGUCAGGCAUUAGCUUUCUCUACGGCCUCGCAUGGUAUGUGCUGGCUGCUGGGCACGCUCGGCGAGUACAACAAGUCAAGCUGAGUGACUGGAAGGUUUGA